AUGAGGCUUUUAAGUUGGAACUACCAAGGGCUUGGGAACCUUUGGACAGUUCAAAGCCUUCACAAAUUAGUGAGGGAACAAGCUCCCGAUGUAUGCUUCUUAAUGGAAACAAGGUUGGAUCGAAGUGGUUUUGAGAAGAAUUGUGGUGAUGUACCUUUUAAAAAUAAAUUGAUAGUGAAAAAGCCAAAUUCGGGUGGAGGGUUGGCUUUGCUUUGGAAGGAGGAGGUGACUUUGGAUGUGAUUAAUUUUACUGAUAAUCAUAUUUUGGCUAAGGUGGUGGAAAAUGAUGGUUUUGUGUGGCAUCUUACAGGGUUUUAUGGGUGGCCGGAGGCAAAUGAAAAGAGGAAGUCGUGGGCACUUCUAUCUCAUUUAAGGACUCUUGUUGAAGGUCCUUGGUGUUGCAUUGGUGACUUCAAUGCUAUACUUCAUGCAUCGGAGAAACAGAGUGUCAAUGAACCUUACUAUAAUCAGAUGGAGGAUUUUCGGGUUGCUUUGGAAAAUUGUGAGUUGACAGAUUUGGGUUUUAUUGGGCAUAAGUUCACUUGGACAAACAGGCAGCUAGGUUCAGCUCAUACAAAACAACGGUUGGAUAGAGCUACUGCUAAUAGAGGAUGGACUGAAAAGUUUCCUGCAAGUUCAGUUUCCCAUUUGUUCAGCCAUGCUUCUGACCACAUUCCUAUUCUUUUGACAACCAUGAAUGAUAGGCAGCUUAGGGGUAGGGGGCCUAGUGGUUUCAAAUUUAAGGAAUGCUGGUUGUUAUGGGAUGAUUGUGAGGAGGCUGUGCUUGAGGCGUGGACAAAAGGAGGGCAUGGUAGCUCGGGUUUGAGUGGUUUGAGGGACCAAAUCCAAAUUUGUGGGGCUGAUUUGUAUGCGUGA